AUGUAUGUGUACCUGGGAAGAUUUCCUCUGCAGACGGCAUGUCGAAUUCUGGUGAUUUUUUUGACUAAAGUGUGACCGGUGGCAAUAUCGAUCAGCAAUGCCGCACAAACUUUUGCGCGCCGAAAUAUGCGUGCGACAGCUUUAACCUACCACUUCGGUGGAAAGCGGUUUUCUGUUCGAUACGGUGUCGGGAGUGCAGAGGGGGGAGGGCUUGGCCCUUGUGGUUGAAGGUGGCAAGGAAGUAGGAACAGGGGGUGGCAGUGUCGGGGGUCUGGGGGAACAUGGGCUUGAAUGGGGGUUGCCUCAGAAAGGGCAAGACGGCGGAUGUUUCUCUCUUGGUGUGACCGGUGGCAGUAUCGAUCAGCAAUGCCGCAAAGACGUUUGUGCGCCGAAAUAUGGGUGCGACAGCUUUAACCUAACCACUUCGGUGGAAAGCGGAUUUCUGUUCAAUACGGUGUCAGGGGUACCAGGGAAGACGGGCCGAGUUUUGUUUGAUUUCGGGUGGAUGAGGUUGGGGUUUUGUUCGCUUUUCUCCAUCUAAGGUUCGUGCCUAGAGUUCAGCUGUAGUGUUUCGACCAAAGUUUUGUUGACUUAGAGGCAAACAUUCCUAGCUAUUGGGCAUCGAGUUAAUUUGGCUUGGCAUGACGGCCUUUACGACCGACUUUUUAUGUAUGUCUGCAUUUAUCUGCAAUUAAUUGUCGGAGGGCAAACAAAAUAUUAA